AUGGUCCGCAUCAUUCCUCAACGCUUAAAAAAACCCUACGCCACCUCUUCCACCAACAACUCUGGCCGCAACAGCCGUAGCAGCAGUCCCAUGCCGUCUAAGGGAGAGGCGAGUGCCGACGGGCGUAAGGACACGUCCUUGAUCUUGAAGGUCAUUGUGCUUCGUGCAAGAGAUUUGGCUGCCAAAGACCGCGGCGGCACAUCCGAUCCUUAUCUCCAACUGAGCUGUGGCGAGAGCAAGUUUGUCACCCAGUGUGUGCCCAAGACGCUGAAUCCGGAAUGGAACCUCAUCUGCUCCAUUCCCAUCACUGGGGUCGACAAUCUACUGAUCGAUUGUAUCUGCUGGGAUAAGGAUCGCUUCGGCAAGGACUACCUCGGCGAAUUUGAUCUAGCCCUUGAAGAGAUCUUCUCGAACGACAAGGCCGAGCAAGAGCCGACAUGGUACCCCCUCAAGAGUAAGAAGAAGAAGGGCGGCAGGAAAUCCUCCAGCGUCUCGGGCGAGGUUAUGCUCCAAUGCGCCUUGUACGACUCCGCGAACAAGAAUGCGACCGACGCGCAGAUCCUGUCAAAGCUACGAGCCCUGGCUGCAGCCCUACCCGAAGCGGCAUCCCGCAAUCCUACGCCGAACAUGACCCCGAUGCUUGGCCCAACUUCGGCACCCAAAUCGAGCUCGACGCCCUCUUCCCAGCUGAGCCGGAAUGGCACCGACGCGUCUCAGGAUGACGAGGAGGAGGAGGACGAGAUGCUUGACGAGGACGAGACGCCCGAGGACGAAGACCCGAACAAGCCCGACGCGAUGGAGAAGAGGAGAAGGAGACUUAGGAUCAAGGGUCUGAGGCACGAGAGGAGGCAAAACCCUUACCGGUUUAUCAACGGCGGUAGUGACGUGGUCGGCCUGAUAUUUCUCGAAAUUUGCAGUAUCAUCGAUCUGCCGCCGGAGUCGAACUUUACCAAGACCAGCUUUGACAUGGACCCGUUCGUCGUCGCCUCUCUAGGUAAGAAGACCUACCGCACGCGGGUCGUCCGACACAAUCUCAACCCCGUCUUCAACGAGAAGAUGCUCUUCCACGUCCUCAGCCGCGAGCAGACCUACUCCUUUGCCUUCACCGUCAUCGACCGCGACAAAUAUUCAGGAAACGACUUUAUCGCCUCCACCUCCUUCCCCGUCCAGGAGCUGAUCGACAGGAGCCCCAAGGCUAAUCCCGAGACCGGGUUGUACGACCUGAAAGAGCCAGCCGAGUACGUGCCGGUGCAGAAAUCGCGACUCGCGAGGCUGGGUUUGUCGAGGUCGCCUUCGACGCAAAGCCUGGGGAAGGGUCGGCUGACGGGGCCCAAGCACUCCAGUACCCCCUCGACAUCGCUGCCGGCUGAAGGACAGGGCGACUCCAAGGCCCGUUCCGCAUCUCCGAACCCGUCGCUUCUGCAACCCGACCAGGCGCCGACUCCCAAUAAUGGCGGCAACAACGGCAACGGCGACGGCAGCGAAUUCGACGAUGCCGACUUCACCAUUUUCACGAUCCCGUUAAAGAUGAAGAACCUGGAAAAGUGGGAGGCCAAGCACAGCCCAGUUCUGACGAUCCGCGCCAAAUACAUGCCGUAUACGGCCCUGAGGCAGCAGUUCUGGCGGGCGAUGCUGAGACAGUACGACGCCGAUGAGAACCACGAGAUCAGCAAGAUCGAGCUCACCACGAUGCUCGAUACGCUGGGCUCUACGCUACGCGAGUCCACCAUCGACAGUUUCUUCCAGAGAUUUCCGCACAAGGCGGCGAGCGGCGAACAGGAGCUGACCAUGGACGAGGCUGUCAUCUGCCUCGAGGAUCAGUUGGACGCCAAGAGCAAAUCGGCUCCAGUGGUCGAUAAGCUGAAGAGCGUGCUUCCGGACGUGGAGAAAGCCAAGAACAUGCUGAACGUCUCCGGCCAGAGUAGCAGCGUUGAGUCUUCGGAAGCCAGCUCCUUCGUACUGGCUCCGGAGGAUUCGAGCGUUCAAGGGAAACAAUCGGAAACUUCAACCAUCAUCGUGCCUGAUCUAAACGCUCCCGGGGAGGAGGGCGAAAUUUUGGGCAAGGACGAUCUCAACAUCGACCGGAGCGAAGAGCACGUAGUGGAGAUUCGCGAGUGUCCCAUCUGCCACCAACCGCGGCUCAAUAAGCGGAAGGAUGCCGACAUUAUCACCCACAUCGCUACCUGCGCCAGCCAAGACUGGCGCCAAGUCAAUUCGCUCAUGAUGGGCGGGUUUGUCACGGCCAGUCAAGCGCAGAGGAAGUGGUAUUCGAAGGUCGUCACCAAGAUUUCCUACGGCGGCUACAAGCUUGGUGCCAAUUCGGCCAACAUCCUCGUCCAGGAUCGCCUGACGGGCCAGAUUAACGAGGAGAAAAUGAGCGUCUACGUGCGACUGGGAAUCCGGCUACUCUACAAGGGCUUAAAGUCUAAAGACAUGGAGAACAAGAGGAUCCGCAAGCUUCUCAAGAGCCUCAGCAUCAAACAGGGCAAGAAGUACGACGACCCCGCGUCGAAGUCCCAGAUCGAGCCCUUCAUCGAAUUCCACCAGCUCGAUAUGUCCGAAGUGCUGCUCCCCCUCGAGGAAUUCAGGAAUUUCAACGAGUUCUUUUAUCGGGCGCUCAAGCCGGGUUCUCGGCCCUGUUCGGCGCCCACCAAUCCUCAGAUCGUCGUUUCCCCCGCGGACUGCCGGUCUGUCGUCUUCAAUACGAUCGAUUCAGCCACCAGUAUAUGGGUCAAGGGCCGCGAAUUCUCCGUUAAGCGACUGCUGGGCGACGCCUAUCCCGACGACGCCAAGCGCUACGAGAACGGCGCGUUGGGUAUCUUCCGGUUAGCCCCCCAGGAUUACCAUCGAUUCCACAUUCCGGUGGACGGCAUACUGCGCAAGCCCAAGACCAUCGCCGGUGAGUACUAUACCGUCAACCCUAUGGCAAUCCGGUCAGCGCUGGACGUCUACGGCGAAAAUGUGCGAGUCGUCUGUCCGAUCGACACCGAGCUCUUCGGCCGGGUGAUGGUGAUCUGUGUCGGCGCCAUGAUGGUCGGCAGCACGGUGAUUACUCGAAACGAAGGGGACCAGGUUAAACGCGCCGAGGAGCUCGGGUAUUUCCAAUUCGGCGGCAGUACGAUCGUGACGCUAUUCGAGCCAGGCACAAUGGUGUUCGAUGCCGAUCUCGUGGAAAAUUCGAGCGGUGCUUUGGAGACAUUGAUCCGGGCGGGUAUGUCGGUGGGCCAUUCGCCGCAGGCGUCACAAUUUACGCCGGACAUGCGCAAGGACGAGAGAGAUGUGACAGACGCAGACAAGGCAGAAGCCCGCCGGCGCAUCCGCGGCGGUGUCGAAACGCCAGAGGGUUCCCAGGAAUCGUAG